AUGCGCGUUUUAGACGAUGCGCAGUGGCGAAACGCGGACGAUAGGAUCGCUUCCGUGGGAUCUAGAGUGGUUAACGAAAGGCGUGUUGUUUCUGAUUUCAGACGACAAGGAGGGUCUGCUUUACGCGAAGAAUCCGAGAUUCCCGUUCGACAACUACGUAGACCUGGCCUCGUUCCCCGUCAACAACUCGAAGAAAUACGCUGGCAACCGGCCACGGGACGGAGCAUCGCGGACACGGCCACGACCACCGCGGACGGUGGUGCAACCUUCUACCGAUGCAACGUCUGCGGUAAAAGCUACUCCUGGAAGUCGUCGUAUCAUCGCCACCUGCGGGAAGAGUGCGGCAAACAGCAGAAAGCAAAGUGCAAGAACUGCGGAAGACAGUACCGUUGGCGGGAUUCUCUGAACAAACAUUUGAACUUAUUGCGGUUCAGACUAUUACAAGAGACUCGGAAGACACUUCUGCUCGAGCUGCGGCAAGGAGUACAGGUGGAUGCAGUCUCUGGUCAGACACGAGAGAGAAGAGUGCGGAAAGGAGCCGCAACACCGUUGUCCCGUUUGCGGAGCAAAGAUUCGCCACAAAUGGAUGUUGAAGAAACACUUGGUCAACGUUCACCGUUGGGUCGUCUCGAACGACAAGACCGUUCAAUAGAGGCUGGAAAAGGCUGCGUCUCGUGGCUUCCCUCCUUUCCUACGGCUACUCCGUGUCUACGCGUACGUCUAGAUGCUAGAACCGUUGGCAAUCCGUGGAAACGGAAAUCUUCCGCGGUAGAAGAUCGAAGUUUACCGAUUUUUACGUUUCGCUAUCCGUGUAACAACUGCGGCAAAACGUACAAAUGGAGAGAAUCGCUGAAUUUGCACAAACGAAUGGAGUGCGGUAUCGAACCACGGUUUUCGUGCAAGAUUUGCGGAAGAAGAUUCAAACACAAGCACCACGUGACGAAACAUCACAAAUCCAUUCACAAUUACGUGGAUCAGUGAUCGUUCGAGCCGUUCGACCGAUCGAAACGUCGACUAUCGCGCAUUCGGUGAGACUACCCGAGAAACGGUUUACCCGUGCAGGGUGUGCGGCAAGACCUACUCCAGAAAAUCUUCCAUGUACACGCAUCUUCG